AUGGGGUGCUGGCUCUCUGGACCAUGGAUGGGUGACCAAACGGUAAGCAUCUAAAAGACCUACCUCAGUGUUUUAUACGUGUGUUCUGGAAUCUGAUCAGGAAAGCUGGAGCUGUGCAAACCAUGUCCAUGUUUGUGUGUGUGUGUGUGUGUGUGUGUGUGUGUGUGUGAAUACAGAUGCAAAAUGGCUUCAUUUUUUCAAUUUCUGCAAACACAUUUGACUGUGUGUGUAUGUUUUGCUAAUUAACCUAAUUUAUGCUGUUAAAAGUCACACACUUCAUCUAUUUUUUCCCCAAAUAUGAAAAAUGUUUAUGUUUUAUGCAAGGAUGUUCUUCAUGUUCAUCAUCUCCAUCUGCUGAAGACUCACGGUCGCUCUACUGCUAUACUCUGUCUCCACAUACAGGUGCCAUUUUGUGCUUCUCAGCUCAUACCGCGAGUGUGUGUAUGAGAGUGUGUGUUUGGUCGACUGUAGCGGAGGGUGACUCAUGGUUGUGAUGUGCUGGAGUUAACAAUACUGUUCAUGCGUCUAAUUUGAAGGCUGCUGAGCUGCAUGUGUGUGUGUGUGUGUGUGUGUGUGUGUGUGUGUGCGCGCGUGUGCGUGUGUGAAGUAGGCUGUGGUUUAUGUUGGCUUGUAGGUGUUAACCCUUUGCUGCAAAUGUGGACACUGUGUCCACAUUCGUCAUGUUUGGUGUAGAUCACCAAAAUGAGUCUAUUUGUCAAAGAAGGAUAAAUUCACCAUCUGUCUGCAGAGCUGGUUGUUGUGACCCAGUUGCAUAAUAUCGAUGGUUCCAGAGUUAAUAGUCUGGAGUGUGAAAAACAGACUAAAAUGGAAGCGUGACGAUGAACUCUUCAUCAUUGCCUUCUUGUAGCUGUCUUUCUCCAGUGCAUGUCUGGAUUCAAGCAUUUCUCUGAUGACAGGGUCUAAAAAGAGCCCAGAUGAGGCUGAUACAUGUUGACUGAGAGUCCCUCAUGUGGGUCAAAUCCCCCAAACAGUGGAUCAUACUAUCCCCACGAUACAACUGCGCAGCAUCUUUUUAUUUCAGCAUAAAAAUCUCUGCAAAUCAAACUUCUCCAGAACCUCACGUUUCUAGUUUCUCACACAGAUGUUGUUUAACAUUUGUCUUCUUCAAGCUGAUGACAUCGCUAUAAUGUAAUUUUUUCAAUGUGACAAAGCCUCUUCAAAGCACCUGAAGAGGUUACACAUGUAUUUUCAGAGUGAACUAUCAGUUUAUAGACAGUAAGGGUGAAGCACUGCCAUUACAGACUGUCCUUCAGUUUCAUCUUGGGUUUUGUACUCAAAUUAAUGGGGCAAAAUGAUGUCAAACAGUGAAUAUUACCACAAAUUCAUCCUAGUCAUUACUGUAUAAUGACAUGAGCCACAACUUUGACAAAACAAUCCUUUUAUCUGUAAGGCUGGUCACUGUGUCAGAUGAGGCGAUUACAAAGCUAUAAAUUCCUGCUGUGACAAAACCAAUCGUCACGACUGUUGUGCUGACACAGAUGAUGGGCUGGACUAGACAACACCUGGAAAUGCCAAUUGCAGUCACUGGCUUGCUGCUAUUUCUUGCUCACCUUUUUUAGUCAGUUGUGGUAGUUCUUGUUGACAUAUUGUUCUGCAGGGAUGUUGCUGUCAGAGCUCAACAAACUUCCUUUGCUCCAUCUUGCAGCAGCAACUUCUUUGUCCCUUUUUUGCUUCGCCAUUUCGCUUAUUUAUGCUCAGGUCUCUGGCAUGUGCAGAGCGCUCUGUGCUCUCACUGGUCAAAGCUACUGAUAUGACAGAACAAGCUGUAGAAGGCAGACAGGAAAGCAAACAUGUUAGAUGGUAAUUCCUGAUGGAUUCCUUCACAAGGCAAAGCACUGAUACCAAACUGGUGUUGCCAUUCUAUACCCACCAGAUUGGGGUAUAGUCGUGCUUACAUUGUCAAGCAUGAUUUGGGCAUUGCACAGACCAACCCAAAGCAGCACUGAUACUAAUGAUGUCUAUGUUUGCAGAUGCAAAUGUAGCAUCCACCCUUCACCAACACUGCCCAUUCUAAAUGGUUUUAGUGCUUAUUUCAGCUGUCAUUUAGUGAGAGGUGGGGCACACCUUAGACCAGCUGCCAGGCUAUCACGAACCAGUCUAAGGUCAUCAACUGAUACAGCAUUUUUUUAGAUUGUGAAGGAGGCAGGCGCACUGAGUGAAAACCCACAACUGCAAGGGGGGAUGACAUCAGUGGGAAACAACCCCAUCACUGUUGACCACUAAAUUUAUCAAUUAUGUGGUAUUCAAUAAUUAACUUCAUAUGAAUCAACAAAAUUACAUCAGUUUAAGACACAUGUUACGCAUUUUUAAAGCUACACUAAUCAAUGAGCAGGUUUUUGUUGGAGACCAGGUCAGGAGGUUAUUAUGUCGAAGCAAAUUAAGGGCCUGUGUCCACUGACAAGAUUUGUGCUAAGAUAAGAUACUCCUUUAUUAUUCCCACAAGGGAAAUGUGAGCAGUCCCUGAUUUCCACUGCAGUUUAGGGUUUUCAGCUUCCAAAGAGAAAAACUGGCCUUUGUGUCAACUAUUAAAUUGAGGCUAAAGAAAAUAGUUCAACUUAUGAGACACUGCUCCAUUCGUCAAUUUUACCUCUCUGUCACCAACCAAUCAAAAUCACGAGUCACUGAUUUUAAUCUUAUAAUCUAAAUAAUCUCAGUUUUAACUAAUAUGUGAUCCGUGAAUCAAAGCCCUGUAAGGUGGUCCUCCAGAGGAAACCAGAGUAAUUUGCUUUUACAGUCAAUGCAAAUUUAGUUACCGCUAGAGUAUGUUCAAUUCCAGAUACCUGAUGCAGAGGGGGCCUCCUUUGCCCUUGUUAGAGACAUGCUAGAUUGACAGUUUACAACAGAGACAACUCUACAAGUUCCAACUUAAAGACUUGAUUUGGAUUGUUGCAAUAACAAUAAACAAGCAUCUUCAUAAUGCAAGCUGAUUUGACCAGUAGCAUGUAAUUUGGAGUCACUCAAACUUGAAAAAUAACCCUUUAAGAUACAUACUUAAUAUUAAAAAAGGGAUUAAUUUGUGGUGACUGAGAAGUGCUCCAAAACUGAGGUUGGUGUUAAAAAAUGCCACUGGUGGACACAGGCCCUGCAGUAAAUCUUUCUUGAUUAUUGAAGUCUUGCAAGCUUAGAAGGCUGCUACAUUAAAGUGCUGCAGCUUCAAUGAUUACCUGCUUGGUAACUAUGGUAACUCACACUGUAGAGCUGCCGUACCUAAAAAGUGCUGUGUGUUAGGUAAUAUCUUGCGUUACAUAUGACAUUUAAAGCUUUAAGUUUGAGCAAGUUUAUAGGUGGGUCAGUAGUUUCAUUGAAUGUAGCCUAUGAGUGUAUCUUCUCCAUCAAACUUCAACUAAAUUUUGUUUGUAAAAGUCUGUCAUGUGAAAUGUAACUCCUGGUAUUUAACACAAAAACAGUUAAAGAACUAUUAGCUUAAAUAGAAAUAAUACUACAGUAUUUCAUUUCCAGCCUUACUCUCCCCUUUAACCUGUACACUUGGUGUCUUUCUCAGUAGGAUGGUUAAAUGUAUUGGGUUACUCAGCUAGGAGAGGUCUCACUGUGAACUGAAGAACAAUCCUUAUCGUAGGAUCAGUGCUUCAUUGUAAUCGCCACUCUUUGCUGCACAACAUCCACUCUUUCCAUAUCCAUUAAGAGAAGCGGGGCUAUUUUAAUUAUCCAACAAAAUACAUUAGGGUCAAGGCACGCUGCUUAACACUCUGGAAAAUGAUUUAGUACAUUGCUAUUCAUUGCCAUAUUUUAUUUUGCCUGUUAAGAUUUUAAAUAAAGACUGAGUGAGGACAAAGGGUAACUGGGUCAUGCUUGCUUAUAUUAAAUCUCUUCUUCACUUUUGUUCAUUUGUUGCAGUUAAAUGGGCGCAGCCUUGCACACCUAAGCCAGCGUGAUGCCCUGAGGAUCCUGGCAGCCAGUCAACGUCCAAUCACACUGCAGAUAAAGGGUCAGAGAGGGCGUGGCUCUGAGUCAGACAGGGGGGCCUGGGAGACCCUUCCCCUUAACCUGCAGCACCUUAACCUGCCCCUCCCACCACUGGGGGCAGGGCUUAAUGCAUCCAGUCCCUCCUACCAGGACAGGUACAAACAUACAUGAGAAAACAGCACAAACAUCUUAUUUAUCAGAAUUCUAGUUCAAUACUAAGAAAAGGUAUUUUCCAAUUUAAAUGAUUAAAAAAUCUGAACACUUGGAGUUGCGAGUUUUGAAGAUACAAGGGUCCAAAUUUUUGCCCGAUAACAGAAUUUAUAAUUAUGUAUAAGCUGUAAAUUCAAAUGUCUAAAUUUUGUGUUUUUGUUGCCUCUCAGACAUUUUUACAGCCAUCUGUCUCUGCCACAAGAUCACUGUGAUGGAGGGCGGUACAGCUAUCUGUCCAGCUCCCCACAUGACACUGUGGACAUGGUCCAUCAGGUGACAAACACUCAGCCUCAAACACUAAAUGUCAACAUAAAUAUGUAUCAGCUGCUUUAGAGAAAUUACUUAUUUAAACUUUGGCUCCAUGCUGCAUUACACAAACCUGACCCCACAGAAUGUGUGACAGCACAAAUGUGACAGAAUACACACACAUUUUCAGCAAAGCCUGAAAAAAAUCUAAACAUAACAUGGAAGUUAAGUUCAGGACUGACUGAAAAAAAAAUCCCGAAUGAACCACCCAAAUCCACUAAAACUGCAUCAGCCCACCUUUUGCAUUACGGAAAGUUUGUGUUUUUCAUGUUUUUUUUCUCACAUUUUGAUCCUUCAGGAUCCAGAGCUGAGCGGUCGAGCACCAAAGGGACAGAACUGCUUGAUGGGAUGCUGCAAUACAAACUUGGAAGAACCAAAUGGCUUCCACAGUCAGGUAUCCAAAACUGUGCUGUGCAUCUCACAGCUGCAAAUCCUCUAUUUUCAAACCAUCCACUUCAGAGAAACCUUCAGUUACAUUUUUAGAUAAAGAUGGUUUUUCGUCAUCUAGCUGACACCAGCUUCAUCACUGACGAAUGAGGGCACAAUGCAAAAUGAAAGACAUUGAAAUUUGAAAGAUUUCUCUGUUUCUCAGCGUCCUUGAGACUUGAAACACAUUUCAGUCAAAACAUCCCAUGGGCAGACUAAAACCAGCAACAAACUGUUCCUACGUAAAAGAUUUGUCUGAGUAAAGCUUGACACAUUAUUUCUCUGUGCCAUUGCGCUGUCAAAAAACAAAAAAAAUUCCAAAACACAUCAGUGACUCACUGAUUGUUUCUUCACAAACAUGAGCACUCUAGUUUGUUUUGACUCAAUCACAUACACACACACACACACACACACACACACACACACACACACACACACCCACACACACUUACUUUUGGAAAUACAGGAACACCAAAUCUGGAUUCAUCUGCAGCUGAAAAUAGUCCUGAACAGAUGCACUGUUUCCUCCUGUUUAUGUUUACAGAAACUGCAUGACCAUCUGUUUCAGAGGCACAGAGCACUUUUUAAUGAUGCUACAAUAAUAUUUAAUACAUUGGGCUCUAUUUUCGUGUACGCUGGUGAGGCGGUGGAGGGUGGCGGACCCGUGCAGUUGUAUUUUCAUCUGAUGGAGCCCGGCGUACAGCCAGUUUGGUAUUUUUGUGGACUGAGGCGCACGGAGGCGAUCCGAGAACCGCCAAGCUGGGCGUGGUGGCGUGGCAGGGGGAGGUGUCAACAGAAUCAGCGGGCGCAGUGACAUUUUCGUGCUCGCCAGUGGUGUACAAAGUGUGCUGAAAGCUCGCCGAUUCAAACCUGGUCAGCUUUCAGCGCAGGCGGAGUGCAGCUGGUCUAGAGGUAUUUUGGUAGACCGGCGGCGUAUCGGCAUACGUCACCGAUGCCUCACCGGCAGGUUUCCACAGUGUCAGGCACAUUUCAGUGCAAUAAAUAAUCAUCAACAACAACUAUUAAUCUGAGUCAGCACAUACAUUUAGAUCUAUAUCGAUAUAUUCUGAUCUAUAUCUGAUCUGAAGAGCGCGUUUGGCAUGCAUUUGGACACACAACCUGACCGAAUCAACACAGCUGAAACCGCAUCAAAUUAAAUUAAAUAUCUAGUAAAUAAACACACAUGAUGAAGUUAACAAGAUAUGUGAUUCGUCUCCCUCCUUUUCUUUCUUCCUCUUAUUUCUCACACAGUUCAACCUGGACAUGUCUCCGUGUCCUCUCUCCGUCCUGCAGCGGCUGAACAGAUGAUUUAUUUCAGUGCUCAGAUGAGUUAUUUACUUUAAGCCUACAUACGAAUAUUACAAUAUUCAGUUUUGUGAGCCAAAUUUAUUUUAUAUGCCAACAUCUAUGAAAGAAAGAGCCAGGCCAUGGAGCACGAUGCAUCACUAAGCACAGAUGGUUCCGAUUUGAAUGCCAUUUUUGGAGUUUAUGUUGUGAUCUGUGCGCUCAACCCACCUUUGUCACAUGAGGUUUGAAUAUAUGCAACUUUAUGUGAGUCUCUUUAUUUGUGGAAAAGGGUGUUUGUCUUACCAGUGGGUCCAACAUUACACACACCAAAUUCAUCUGUGCUCAUAUGAGAGAGUGUGGAGGACGCCCAAUGCAGCGCUUACAGUGGCACUUGUUGAGGAGCUGCCUUCUGUCGUCGUGUGGCAUUACUGUCUUCAGACAUCUCUUGAUCUCUUUGACUACUUCACGAAAAUAGUAAUACGCCUCGCCGGUGGCAGAUUUAAAGGCAAGGAGAGGAGCUUAUGUGAUUGGUGAAAACAGGUCUCGGCUUUGUUUAACCCACUCCACGCCCUCUCUCCUCCCUCGCUACGACUUACGCCGCUGGGAGGAGCUGAGUGAGGGGGGGGGAUACUUACGCCGGGCUGCACCGCUCACCAAGAUACCAAAUUGUGCUUGGGAACGCCUUGUCGGCGCGGCGGACCUGACUUAUGCCGCGCCUGCGGCACGUCUCCGGCGAGGCACGAAAAUAGAGCCCUUUGACUCUACAUAUGUAUUCAUACAUUUGACAGUCACAACCUCAGUCCAAGGCUCAAGUAAGCUGAGAUAUUGAAGAUUAAAUUCUGAUAUUGAUAACCUUGCUGUGGACAGGUCCAAGAAUUAUUGCUAGAAUCAUCAGAAGGUAGUGCAGUACUUUACAGGGAGCUACAAUUCAAGGUGAUGGCAGUUAUCUAACCCUUCAAAAAGUUGCCAUAGAGGUACACUGGCAAAGACAGAUGUUGCCAUGACGAUAAGGUACCACAGACAAUAAGCUAAGACUCCAAGAAACUACGUGGAAGGAUUUUAUCAGACUAAAGAACAGUGCUUGGUACCUGAAGAAGGCAAAGCUGGUCAGAACACACAACAUGUUGCUGGUUUUAUCUGUCCAUGGGACAUAUUUGUAGAAAAAUACAGGAGCUCUGCAGCCUGACAACACAUCUAUGCACCCCAAACUUCUCUUAAUUUAAGGCAGAAUAAAAAAGAGAAAAUGACACAAGAUAAUUACAAAAUUAUUAAAGGACACUUGAAAAGAAAAGCAACUUCAUAGAUUGAAUCCUGUCCUCCAGUUUUUCUUUUUUAUUUCUUCAUCCCUACAGACACAGUAAAGCCUAAGGCAGAGUGUACUGAGGUCCUUCACAUGGACACAAUGUAAAGUUGUGAGUGUAUUUGUUUAGUGACUGUUGUUAUUACAGACGGAUGAUGAAGACUUCAUGCUUGAGAAGCCACUUGGGUUCCUGCCCCUCCAUCAUGAGCUGGAUAGCGGCCUGGGCUGGACAGAUGGCUCCCUUCACCAGGGGGACCUCUCAGGACUGGAAACUGAAGAGGGCGGCCUGGAUGACUGUCAUUCUCAUGGGGCCCUUGCACCAGGGGGUUGUGGAGGCUUUGGAGGUGGUUCUCCAUCCUCUGAGUCUUUUAUCUCCUCUGAGCUCAGCGACUCAGGCUUUUACAGCGUGAGCACCGGGGAGUUCAGACACUUUCAGAGGCUGCUGGAGAAGCGAAUGCGGCUGUAUAAUGCCAGGCUGCAGCAUCAGGGGGAACCCUGCGAGAGGAGGGAGCGACGGGACAGCUGCCCCAAGAGCCACCGCGAGCUGCUGGAGGCUAUCCCUGAGGCGCUCACCAUGCAGCCUCAGUGUCAGCGCCUGCAGCUCGGGAUGGAGGAGGGCGCUGAGCCUGUCAUGGACCUCCCACCCAGGGGACUUUUCAGGUAACUACCAGCAACAUGACUACCUUUUCAAAAUAAUGGACCAGGUGUAUUCCAAAACAUAUUUUUGGUAUUUCUGGCUAACUUUACCAUUUGAAUUUCCAGGGUUUCAUCGGUCCAGUUCCAUAAAACUGACCGGCCCUGUCUGAACCGUCACAGCUCCAGCAGUGGGGCCCUCUUUAACCCGUCCCAUGCUGCAGUUUCACGAAUGACGGCCCCAGUCCUCUCUACUUGCAGCACUCCCUCAAGCCACCGAAGACCAUUGGUACCCAUGCAGCCACACCAUCAGAGCUCCAGCUCAAUGGGUAUGCUAAGAAGAAGCCGAACACUCCACCAUCGCCCUCCCCCUCAGGAGUAUCGUCGCCGGGCAAGCCAUCCAGCUUCCCCGUCCUACUGUGCAGCCACCAUGCACCACUGCGGAGCCGUUGCGCCUUGCAAUGCCCUACCGCUUGGUCUGCCAGAGGAAAGUGAGCUAGUGGCAAGUAUGAUGGCUUCCCAUCCAGCUGGCUUGGCUGUCUCUCCCCAACAACACCCCACUGCUUUAGGGCAUACCAGGGGUGCCAACACCCAUGAGAGAUGCUAUGACAACAAAAGCCAGGUUGCUCACCAUGAUUGCUGGCACUCACAAGAAAGAUGCAUGAUCCCUGAACCACUGGUAACAGAAAGGGACAGAGAGAUUGAGAGAGAACUGGAACAAAAAAGGCAAAUGCAGAAGGAAAAAGAGCUGGAGAGGGAGGCUCAGAUUCAGGAAGAGAUGGACAGAGAGAGACAACAGGAGCUGGCGAGGAGCAGGGCAAGAGAGCAGCAACACCUACAGAAUUUAGUCCAUCCUUCUCAGGCUGUGGAUGUCAAUGACACGUGGCCCAAACCUGCCAACCGCCAGGCCCAGGGAGGCGGAGGCAGCAGAGGUCUCUACAGCACCCUGGAAGGCCACACUGGGGUAAUAAACUGUGCUGCUGCUGUGUGGGAUACAAAAAAGGGUCACAUGAGUGUAAACUCAAUCCCAAAUUCCAGUUCUGGUCUGCAGCCAAAAGUUGAUCCAAGCCCCAAACCCAGCAUGACUUCAAGGAUCUCAAGAAGCCAGCUCCUGCGAGACCGUGCAUCCCAGCUUGCAGAUGAACGCAGUGGGAUGAGCACAGAUGAGGAGACCAACACUGACAUGCUGAUGGGUCGAUACUGGAGUCGAACGGAAAGAAGGGAACACUUCCUAUUGGCCCGUGAGCAGAAACAGCAGCAGUUGCAGGCGAGAGGGAUGAGUGUACGGGAUGCCAGCAUCAGGGUGGGAGCCAUUGCAGGAUUGGGACCAUCCUCUGUGGGAGAUGGAGGUGUGCAGGACAGCAGAGGUGGUGGAGCUUUUACAGAUGGGCGGUGCAACACUGUCCUGGAGCUGAGUCAGAGGAAGCUGAGUCGCCUGAGGAAUAGGAAGCUGCUGGAUGACUGGACAACAGUAGAGGAGCUCCUGACUCAUGGGACCAGACUGGACAACCAUGAGGACAUGCUGUGUCCCAGCUCCCUGCUGACAGUCACUACUGUCUAA